AUGGUGAAAAAUUAUCACCACCUGCCUAAUUGUACCAACACCAAUGAAAAUACUCGUUAUCACACAAAUUCAUUUGCAAAUAUCGUCGAUAAUUCUACUGAAUGUUAUUAUGAUCCACAAUCAAAUAUGCACUUCAACUAUCCGAAUAAUCAACAACAAAAUCGUAAAAAUCGUAUUCCUCCACCCACUACAACUAAUCUUAGAAUGUUAGAUUCUCCUGCACAGUCUCCUUGUAGACGUAUGCGUGAACAAGAUGAUGAUGAAUUUACUACUGUUGUACACUAUAAAAAACGUAAACAAUUUAACAAGGAUUUCGAUGAUCAAUUUGAAGAUCCACAACUGAAGUACAAUAAUCCUAAUGCACCUAUACAACAGCAGACAAGCAUUUACAAUAAUAAUCACAACAAUGAUCCACCACCUCUACU